ACAUGCCCUGUGCUCCAAUCCCACCAAUCUUAAGUUGAUCUCAUCCUGUCCCAAACAGUUUCCUUUCAACUCCAAAAAGUAAAAACACAGACAAAAAAAACAUAAAACCAAAGCAACAACGUUGUUAAGAUGCAGUCAAGACUAGCAGAAGCAACAAGGAGAACAUCUUGUGCAUUAUCCUCAACCACUCGCUUCACUCUAAAACGACAACUUUGCUCUGGCACUCGUAUCCGAACCGCAGACCCCGAAAUUCAUUCGGGAGAGCUAGAAGCUGGUCCCAAAGUUCACAGAGGACAACCCCAAGGUAUAAGUACACAAGAUAAAGCGAAGGAAGCCAGGUAUUCUGAAACAGAACGCAAUGCGAGCAAAGCGCACGAGAUGUUGAAAUCUCCAAAAUCUCCUUGUGAACCUUCACGGAAACUGAAGAGCGCGGGGGUGAACCAGAGAUUGGACCCAAGCAUUCAGCAAAAGCGGGAGAAAGGGUCGAAGGUGGGUAUUGAAGAGGUGAGCUGUGCUGGUCUUGAUGGAACGCCGUGGCCAGAGGACACAAACAAAGGGAAAGAGAAAGAAGAUAACAGAGAGUACUUUAAACGCCACAAGGCAUCGCCCUUGUCGGAGAUAGAGUUUCUGGAUUCACGAAAGCCGAUUACUCGAGCCUCCGACAAGACCGCGGAUUCUGGAAGAGGUGUCGGUGUGAUUGGCUGGCUGCCGGAGCAGAUGGAGACGGCGGAGGAAACGCUGAUGAGGGCCGCUGAGAUGUGGCGAGAGAGAGCCAUGAGGGGUGAUCCUGAUGCGCCUCAUUCAAGGGUCCUCAGAGCUCUUCGUGGUGAAGACUUUUGAGAAUCUUCGAAUCAAAUCAAAUCAAUGUACAAUUGUGAUUUUAAUCAAUAAUAAUAACCGCGUUGAGAGAAA